UACUCCAUGCUGUCAGACAGGUUCUAUUGAUCUGAAGUAUUUAAUAGUGACAAAAGAGCCCAAAGAUUUUAAAUCCAAUCAUUUUCACAACACUAUGUCUGUUUAAUGGUAUGGAUGUUCGGAGUUUACAUCUUUUGAGCAAAAUAUCAGCAUCAACAAAACAUGUCAGGGAACAAUUGCCAAAUCAGCUGCUGCAUUAAUCGAGAGCUCAUUUGAAUGACAGCAAUUGUGCUGGUUUUGCAUUUCAUCAGCCUUUAUAUAAAGGUGGUGGAUCGGUGAUGCAGUGAGAAUUAGGGGGGGGACUUUCAUUUGAUCUGCUUUGGAGGACCAUAACGUCGCCUAAUCAUGGAGCGCACAGGGAAGAUUUUCUUCUACGAGGACAAGAACUUCCAGGGCCGCUCCUUUGAAUGCAGCAGCGACUGUCCUGAGCUCAGCUCCCACUUCAGCCGCUGCAAUUCCAUUCGAGUGGAUGGUGGGACCUGGGUCAUCUAUGAGAGACCCCAGUAUAUGGGCUACCAGUAUGUACUGUUUAAAGGGGAGUACCCCAUCUUCCAGAGUUGGAAUGGCUUCAGUGACACCAUCCGUUCCUGUCGCCUCAUCAGACAUCCACACAGCACGUGCAGGAUCCGCAUCUAUGAACAUCCGGACUUCAGCGGCCAGAUGAUGGAGUUCAACGAAGACCUCUCUGACCUGCAGGACCGCUGGCGCCAGCACGAAGUCCACUCAGCUCACGUCCAAGACGGGCUCUGGAUCUUCUACGAGAAUCCAAGCUACAGGGGACGGCAGUACCUGCUGGAAAAAGGUGAAUACAGGCGCCAUUCGGAGUGGGGGGCCCUCCAUCCGGCGGUAGGCUCCAUUCGACGUGUCGUGGACUUAUAAACCUCCUCUUCAGCUUUGUGAUUCCCUUCUCUUAUCUUUCACUUCUAAACCUUCAUACUAAUAAAAUAUAGACAAACUGCAACAGAA